AAAAGGGUUGUGCGUGCGACAUUAUGGCGCUUGCCUCAUACAUCAACGAAGGACUUUACCAUUGCAUGGAUCAAAUAUAGCGAUGGACCAAGUGUAUAAAGUUUUGCACAGAGACGUCACGGAAAGGCUCCACGGCUCAUUAUUUCGGUGCAUUCAUUGGGCGACGGACUAGAUGUAGGGGAACGGGCCGGUGUUGCGUUUUCCAUGCUUCUGCCUUCUUCCCUGCGUAUCGUGGUACAGAAAUUGCAAUAGGACAUCUCUGUUUCAUGGACUUUAUGCAAGGAUUGCCGGACUUAAAAACGGAUAACAUAUUAAUGAAGAAUGUAUAGAUCUCGAUGUAGGUAGCCGGGUGGUCAUAAGAUCAGAGUCGAAUCAGAUUAUUUUUUAUCCGGCUUAAGCACAGCUGAAAUCCAUCCAGCGCAACAGCAAAAACAGCGUGCCAUGAGAGACAAAGAACAAAUAAGAUCGCUCCCUCUUUUCCAGGAAUUAUGACGGAACUUCAUGACUCAGUAAAUAAACUUUACAUAUAAGGGCAUCAACCACACAUUAUAUAUAGUGCACUAUGUUUAUUAUCGAAAGUCAAAGGUCAUACGAGUACUCUUUUAGAAUGAUAUCUUGAUUUCUGAGUUCAUUCUCUGUUUGCGCGGGCGCACCAUGUGGUCUUAUUUGGUGUUAGUGUUUGUGGUUGUGGGUUAUGUAGAUGUUGAGGGCAGGACUAUUUAUUUGGAGCAUAACCAGCCUACGCGGGAAGAGGUAGCAUUCCUCAAGCGGUACGGCUACAUGGACGACCAGGUGGACGACGGCGACGCGACGUACACGGAGCAGUCCAUCUCCGGAGCGCUGCGCAAGAUGCAGGCCUUCGCUGGCCUGCCCCAGACCGGCAUCCUGGACCCGCAGACCAGGCAGCUGUUCAAGAGGAAGCGUUGCGGGGUAAAAGACAUCAUUAACAAAUCGUCAAGAAAGCGGAGAUACGUCAUCUACGAGGGGUGGCCCAAGAAGAACAUCACUUGGAGCGUAUUGAACGGCGCAUCAACGCUGGACAAGCCCAGGGUGGAGAGGCAGGUGGCCGCGAGUCUGGCCAUCUGGGCGCCGCACGGGGGCCUCACCUUCACCCAGGUGCAGCAGAGCAACAAGGCCGACAUCAAGGUCUCCUUCGGGAGAGAGGAGCACGGGGACGGGUUUCCUUUUGACGGGCUGGGCCAAGUGGUGGCCCACGCGUUCCCCCCGCCGUUCGGUAGCCUCCACUUCGACGACGACGAGCUCUGGGGCGACGACCCCGACAAGCAGCAGCUCGCCGACAAUGACAUCACCGACUUGUUCGCCGUCGCUGUCCACGAGAUCGGCCACGCGCUGGGCAUGUGCCACUCUGACGUACGAGACUCGGUCAUGUACCCCUAUUAUAAGACGCCUGUUGAGAAGCUACACGAAGACGAUAUUAUGGGCAUGCGCGAGUUGUAUAUGAAAGAUGUGGAACCGAUGGCAGAGGAAAUAACAGAGGGUCCCGCAGCGCACUCCUCACUCGUGCCGAAGUUCACGCUCGCGGACCGAGCUGACCGGGACGAUGAUGAUGACGAUGAUGAGGAGAACGAGAUCCCGGACCUGUGCUUCACCAACUACCAGACCAUACAGGUCAUACAGGGCAAGAUCUGGGUCUUCGAAGAAGAGUGGGUGUGGGUCCUGCACGACCGGAGGGAGAUCGAGAAGGGCUACCCGCGGAGAUUCCACGAGAUAUUCCGCGGGCUGCCGGCGCACGUCAGCUCUAUACGGACCAUCUACGAGAAACGGAACGGCAAUAUCGCCAUAUUCUCAGGAAGACGUUACUGGGAGUUCGACCGCGGGUUCCGGUUCGUGAGGCGCGGGCGCCUCGCCGACUACCGCCUUGGACGCGAGGACGAGCUCACCACUGUCUUCGUCUCCAACUACAACAACAAGACCUACCUCAUACAGUACGAGCGGUUUUGGCGGUUCGACGAAGACACUGGUAAAAUGGAUAAAGGCUAUCCGAAGGACAUGUCCGCGUGGCGACAGUUGCCAGCUCCCGUCGACGCCGCCAUGGUCUGGAAGGGAGACACCUAUUUCUUCCGCGGCCCUCGCUUCUGGCGAUUUGACAACUUGCUGGUGUCGGCUCACGAGUACUACCCGCUGCCCACGGCUCAGGUUUGGUUCCCGUGUGCCGCCUCAUCCGACAUGGACAAGUACGUCGUCAACGAAGAGCCCUAGCCACGGAAUAUCUUGUUUCUACAGACUGACAUGAGAAACACUCCUAGCGUGUUGUAAACCGAACUGCAGCCCUACGCGUUUUCAGAUUAAUUUAUCAUAAUAGAAAAUUAAAAUUUUUCAUGUAAUAGUUUUAAGUAUUGAGUUCAUCCAUAACAAUGCCGCUCACUGCCAACAUUAUUACGUACUUGCUUUGAUAUAAGUAUAUUGUAUUAAAAAUGUAAAUAAAAUAUUUGUACAAAUGUAAUGAUAUUUUAAUCUAGUAACGCAGUGCUUGUUAGAAUUAUUACUAAAUGAAAAAGAAACGUCGUUAAAAAUAUAUCACUUUAUUAAGUUGAAAAUCACAUAAAAACAAGGUGACCAAUAAAACUGUCCUUUUGCUCAGAGCAUCCGGAAUGUACACCUGGCGCUGCUCCGCUGGGUUGUGACGACACUGCGGGCUUCACACGACGUACAAGUGUUAACAACAAAUACAAUUUGAUCGUAUAUAAUUUCCGAAACAACAAUAAAAUACAUUUGAAUAAUCAUGCACUACUUAAA